AUGUUUUUAUUUUAUUUUAUUUUAGCAUUAACUGAUCAUUCUAAAUUCACAAUAACGACGACAACGACGACGACGACGACAACAAACAAUCCUAUGUGUCAAAUCGCUACAGUACAAAGUAGUGAAUAUAACGAAACUAUUAAAAUGUCUCCUAAUGAUUAUACGAUGACAACAAAUAAUAUUAAUCAGCAUCAACAUCAUCAUCAUCAUAUUGACGAUAGAAAUUAUUCUAUUGAUAUUAAUUCAAAUAUAAAAUAUUUUGUUGAUAUAUAUACAGCCGCAUUACAUCUAAGACAACGAAUGCAAGAAGAAAAUUUAAUCCAUCGUUCAUAUUCAGCGUAUUUAAAUGAUGAAAAUAGUCCACGUUCGUUAUUUCAUAAUUGUUUUCAUUCUUAUGAAAUUAUUGAUUGGCUUAUAAAACAGCAAUUAUGUAAAACAAUAUAUGAUGGUCUAGAAAUCUUUCAAGUUUUAGAAAAAUUAAAAAUUAUUCAUCAUGUUUGUGAUUUAAAUGAAUUCGAAUAUCCACCAACCAAUUCAUUAUCACAUAUCAAUGUCAAAUAUUUAUAUCGUUUCCGUCUUGAUGAUGGUACAGCGGAUCAAAAUCGUUCAUUUCAACAAUUUGCUACAAUUUAUGAAACAUAUACAAGUUUAUUUACACUUGAUAAAAGUCAGUGUCGUGGUGUAGAUUUACAACAACAGAUUCCAUUAACAAACCCCUAUGAUGAACAACCAGGAAUUACACUUAAAGGUGAUAAUUUAGCUCGUAUGCUUGCAUUACGUAGUGGUGCAAAUAUGCAAAAUGUUGAACGUCUUGCUGAUGAUAUGAUUAUGUAUGGUCUUAUUCGAUUUGACGAAUGUGAUCAACAAAAUGAAUGUUGUUAUUGUUGUACAAAUAAAUUUCAUAAUGAUAAUAAUCAUCAAUAUAUUCUAAGUAAUUCUCAUCGUUUAAUAGCAAAAAAACGUCUUGAUCUUAUUGCAUUAAUGCAAAAUGAUAUUUUAUUAUCAUCACCAAUACAUCAUUCACCACCACUAACUCGAAAUCAAUCAAAUACAUUCGUUAGUGUAUCAUGUCCUGAUCGUUCAUCAUCAAUAUGUAAUAUUCCAGCAAACAUCUCUCUUAAUCGUACUCAAAGUAAUUAUCAUUGUAAUGAUUCAUUAAGCAAACUGUCACCAUCAUUACCAAUAAACAACUGUUGCCAUCAGUAUUGUUCUCGUAUAUCACCUUCAACGCAAACAUUUGUUUCAUCAUCAUCAUCAUUAAUACAACAACAAAAUGGACGGCGACAUCAAAUAUCAGGCGCAACUAGUAGUAAUAGUUCAUUAAUUGAUGAUGACCACCAUCAUCAACAACAACAGCAAAUUAAUAGAAAAAUUUCAAAUGGUGAUGAUAUUGAUUGUACAACAAAAUUAACAUGUACAACAGUUCCAACUAAUGAAGGAUUUCGACGAAAAAAAUCUGCUAGUUUAAAUUCACCGGCCAAUUCUGAAAAUCGUCCAACCGCUGAUGAACUUGAAAGAUUAGAAUUACCAUGGAGUUGGAAAAGUUAUUCAGUUAAACGAGAUCGACGUGGUUAUGGAUUGAUUCUUCAAGGUCAAGGACCAUGUUAUGUUGAAAGACUGGAUCCAUAUGGUUCAGCGUAUACAUCAGGAAUUCGAAUCAAUGAAUAUAUAUAUGCAAUCGAAGGUGUUAAUGUUCUACGUCGUUCAGGAAAAGAAGUUGAACGUUUAUUAUCAAUGUUUGAUAAAUGUACAAUAUAUACUGUAUAUAAUCGUGAUGAUUAUCCUCAAAUAGCAACUCCACCUAAUGAAUUAAACUCUAAUAGACUAUAUCCAUUAAAACAACCAUCAUCAUUAUCAUCGUCAUUAAAUGAUUAUAAUAAUAAUAAUACAAAUAUAUUGCUAGCAACAAUAAAUAAUUAUUCAUUAAAUCAACAACAAAUUCCAUAUUCAUCAUCACCACAACAUCAACAAAAUUCAUCACCAUCCUCAUCAAUUGAUGGAACAUCAUCUUGUUCAAUAUCGCCAAAACAACCUGCAACGACGACGACGACGACGACGUCAGCAACAUCAAAAAAAGGAGCAUUAACGAAACAUUUAAAUUUUUUUAGACUAAAUGCUCGAUCUUGUUCGAAUUCUUCAUCAUCAACACAUACAUUAAAAUAA